UCAUUAAUUAUGUACAUCCUCCCCGGCGUGUGUCAAUGGAGAGUGUUGUGGCAUGAAUUUCGGGGUGCACAAAGUCGUCGAAUAAAAAUAAUGAUGACGACAUCCUUUCUCUAGCGAUUUAUCACGAUUGUAUUGAACUCCUUUAGUGCAUCAUUCAUCCUUGCGUCUGAUUCAUGUCAAACAUCAUCGACUUUUUAUCAUUGUCAACGUAUCGAGCCAUUAAUGGACACAAGUUUUUUGUGAGAUUGUUGAGACGAAAGUUGGAAGGGUGUUGAGUAACACAGAGAGCGUCGGAAGGAAGCGUGGGGAUGAUGGGCAGCUUAUUGUUCAUCCUAGCCAUAUCCCUGGUGAUAUGUGCCGUUGGGGUGACAGGGGAUUACUCCAGCUCAGAGACAUCGGGAUCAAAUCCGUGUUUUAGCAAAUUAAAAUGUCACGAGUGCAUACGAACAUCCACUUGUGCCUGGUGUGCACAACCGAAUUUCUCGGAGAACCGCUGUUUCCGUCCGAAUCAGAACCCGAAGAUCCUGGAAGCCUGCUCUGAAGAAUUCACGAUAAAUCCCGACAAUGUCUUCAGCAUGAUUCGCUACAAGAACCUGACGAAAGGGGGUUUUAUUGCUGGUGGCUCUGGAGGUUCGUCGAGCGGUGGUUCCAUAUCAGAGUCCAGCUCCUCCUGGUCCUCCUCCUCGUCCUCCGUAUCCUCCUCCUCAUCAUCAUCAUCAUCAUCUUCCUCAUCCUCAAAACAGGAAGCAGUUCAGCUCUGGCCGCAGGAAGUAAACCUGAAGCUCCGGAUAAACGAAGCCUACAGAAUGACCUUCUCCUAUUCUCAAGCAGAGGACUACCCAGUGGACCUCUACUACCUCAUGGACCUCUCGAAGUCCAUGGAGGACGAUCAGAAGAAGUUGUCGGCGCUGGGUCAACUGUUGGUCUCUGAGAUGAGUAAAAUCACUAGCAAUUUUCGUCUGGGCUUCGGUAGCUUCGUCGACAAAGUGGUUAUGCCAUAUGUCAACACCAUGCCCAAGUCCUUGAUCGCUCCCUGUAAAGAUUGCGCUGCCCCUUACGGCUACAGGAACGUGAUGACCUUGUCCACAGACACGAGUGCCUUCGCGAGUCUUGUGAGCAAUGCAGAGGUCUCCGGAAAUCUAGACGCCCCCGAGGGAGGCUUCGAUGCGAUUAUGCAGGCAAUUGUCUGCAGGCGUGAGAUCGGUUGGCGUGAAAAAGCAAGACGACUGUUGGUCUUCUCGACAGAUGCUGGCUUUCACUAUGCGGGAGAUGGAAAACUCGGUGGCAUUAUCAAGCCCAACGACGGUGAGUGUCACCUGGACAGAACAGGCCUUUACACUCACUCAUCCGUUCAAGACUACCCCAGUAUCUCCCAGAUAAACCUCAAAGUGAAGCAGAACGCGAUAAACAUCAUCUGGGCAGUGACAGAAGAGCAGAUAGGAAUCUACAAGCGUCUCACGAAGCACGUUGAAGGUUCCUUCGCUGGAAAGCUCCUCAACGACUCCAGCAAUAUAGUCUCCCUGAUUCGUGAGCAGUACGACAAGAUCUCGAGUUCAGUCGAGAUGAAGGACACUGCCAGCAGCAUGAUCAAGGUCCGGUACUAUUCCAAAUGCCUGGGGGGACCAGAGAUAGAGACAUCAAAGUGCGAUGGCUUGAAAGUUGGAAAUGUCGUCCAUUUCACAGCGGUGAUAGAAGUCGUUGCCUGCCCAACAAACAGAACCCAGUGGAAGCAGACCUUCGAGAUCUACCCAGUGGGCAUCAAUGAGACUUUGACAGUGAACCUCGAGAUGAUCUGCGACUGCGAGUGUGAACAUUCAGGGCCAAUGUACCAGCCAAGAUCUUCAUCUUGCAAUGGCAGAGGUACCCUGGCUUGUGGCAUCUGUGAUUGUGACGAUGGAGUCUUUGGAAACGCUUGUCAAUGCUCGAAACACGAUAAUACUCCUCAUUACGUUAAUGAGACUAAUGCUUGCCGGCCAGACGACUCCAAGCCCGACUGCUCUGGUCGAGGUGACUGCGAGUGUGGUCAAUGCAUAUGCCACAGGCGAGGGGACUCGGGAGAGGUGUUCUCAGGUCGUUACUGCGAGUGCGAUAAUUUCUCCUGCGAAAGGAACAAGGGAAUUCUGUGUUCUGGGCAUGGAAGGUGUGAAUGUGGUAAUUGCGCCUGUGAUCCUGGCUGGGAGGGGGACAGCUGUAGCUGCAAGACCUCCAAGGAGACCUGCAUGGCCCCCAACUCUGGAAAAUACUGCUCUGAUCACGGGGAUUGCAUAUGUGGAGAGUGCAAGUGCCAUCAGGAGGGGGACAUCAGGUACUCGGGGAAGUACUGCAACAAAUGUCCCUCUUGUGCCAGCCUCUGCGAGGAACUGAGACCCUGUGUCCAGUGUGUGGUACAUGAGACUGGAAACAUGACGAAAGAGGAGUGCUACAGUGUCUGCAACGUCACGAAGGGGUACAAAAAUAUUUAUGGGGUCGAGACUGUUCAAAUUGAUAUUGAUAAGGAUGAGGAGGCCUGCAUGUUCAUCGACGAACAGGACUGCAAAAAUCAUUUCAAGUAUUAUUAUAAUGAGGAGAACUGUUUGAUCAUCGAAGCGCAGAAGGAGAGGGAAUGCCCUCCUACGAUUUUUGUGCCUGGAAUUAUUUUAGGUGUUAUUGCUGCUAUUGUUCUGAUUGGGCUGGCUUUCUUGCUGCUUUGGAAAAUGGUCACCACUAUCCACGACAGGAGGGAGUUCGCCAAGUUCGAGAAGGAGAGGAUGAUGGCGAAGUGGGACACGGGGGAGAAUCCAAUCUACAAGCAAGCCACCUCGACAUUCAAGAAUCCAACUUAUGCUGGCAAGUGAAGAGGGAGAAAUUAAUGUAUUAGUAUGGAACAUUGAAACAAAGAAAAUAAUUAUUGGAAUUUUCCAAUUCGAGUGAAGAAUCUUUAACUGUGUGACGAGUUGAUUGCACAACUGUUAGUCUUAUUUUACAAAAACAAAACGAAAACAAAAAUACUAUUUAAACGUUACGAUGAUUAAUCUAACUAACGUAAUAACUAGGGAUAACUGUUUUAUUUUUACGUUAAAUUUACUGCCAUAUUACUUAGACUAUAUGUAAGUCUAGGAGAUAUGAGAAGAAGAGAAGGAUUUUUUUUCCUCGUCAGGGCACGGAAUCUUUGGUUCACACUUAAUUAUUAGUUAUUUAAUCUCUAUUAGUUGUUAAGACAUUCAUUCGAUUAUUUUGUGCCGUGAUUUUUCUUCUCAUUUUAUUGAACAUAAAGUGCCUUCAAAUACUAGAUAAUUGUACAUCGUAUUGAGUGGUUUUUCGUUAGGUCAAUUAUUGGGCACAUGAAUUGAAUGCAAUUGUUCACAGCCGAAGCGGGCAUUAGAACUGCAUUUCGUCCUUUAUUUUCGUAUUGUUCAUCGUCAGCAAUGUAAUCGCGGACACAUUUGACUGAUUAAUCACGAAUAACUGUCCAAUCCAAAUUGUAUCUUCCGAAAUAACGUACACUAGAGUUACUUAUCAUGCAUCUUCCAAAAUCAUCGUCAUUAUUUAGAAUUAAUGAUAUUUUUUAAACAAACAGACAUCAAAAUAUGCAUUUUACGAUAUUACAAUUUUAUACUUUACAAACUUCAGCUACUUGUCACGUGUUUUUUUAACUGAAUGAAUCAUUUGUGAAUUAAUGUCAAUAUUUGUCAAUUUACCGCGAGAUUAGUGAAAAAAAUCUGAUUACGGCAUCUACAAUCUGUUGAUUUUAAAUGAAAAAAACCGAAGAGAGUGCAAUCAUGAUUGAUUACAUGGAAAAAUAUAUUUAUAUUAACAGAAAAAUUAUGUGCUUUAUUUAUGAUCCAAAUAAAGUGUCUUUUCUUAUCGAAAUCGUUGGAAUUCCCCAUCACCUCCGUACGAAUUUUUUAUUUCCCUCAGCAGACAGAGGUUAAACGGAUUUCAUACAAAAAAAAACAAUUCAACCAAGGAUUUAAUUUUUAAUUCUUUUAUUGACAUGGGAGAUGUUACAUGGACGUAUGAUGGAAUGCACGUUAUUAAAGAUCGACAGUACAUCGUCAACUAAGUUUCAACAGAAAAAAGGAAAAAUUUGCACUGGAACUCUAACAACGCAAACUAUAAUAAUCACAUAUAAACUACAGUAGUCUUGUGGAUUUCUGAUGUACAAUCCCUCUCACUUCAAUUAAUUUCCAAUACAAAACGCUACAAUCACAGCUGCGACUGCUAAUUAUUCCUCAUUUCGGUAGAACAUUGAAAUGAUUACUGAGACUAAUGAAAAAAUCGUGCGAUUUGCCCUGUGUCUCUCACAAAAGGAACAAAUACUCUCUCUUAUUCUAUCGGGGUAUAUAUUUAAGAUCGUCACAACCAUUCGUAUCAAUACGAGUAAUCAAUUUGUCUCAUGUUUCAAUUCGAAUAAUGCUGACACAACUGUUGAUUUGAACUGCUCAAUGAUCUUGAGUAUUGUACGAAUGAUUAGUGACAUCAAUUGGCUAUUCUCGGCAGUUCGAAACCCAGAAAAAAAAAUCAUCCGGAUGAAAUGAAAAGUAGUAGCGAUUUACAUCGCAACUGACGAAUGAAAAAUGAAUGAAUCGAACCUAGGCAAUUUUCUCUACUGUUCCAUACAAAAUACUAAUUGAGUACCGUUUUACAAUUGCUAUUUUCACUGGUAUAAUACUCCUACUAUCUCCUUAGUCAUCAUAAAAUGCAGACAUGAAUAGCAUUUGAGUAAUUCCAUUGUAAAAUUUCACUCUUCCCCCCCACCAACAACUAGUCAAUGAUUUUAGUACAUUUACCCCUAAAAUUAUUGUUCCGAACUUUGAUUCACCAUUCAAAAAGUGAAUUUUGUCAAUGCAAUACUCAAGGGAAGCCUUAAAAUUAUAGAAAAUAAACGUCGUAAGUCACUAACGUCUUGAAUUCAAAUCAUCAAUGAAUUGGUAAACCGGUUUAGGUCGACUCAGUUGUUCGAUGAAUUUUCUACGAAUAUCUCCGAAUCUACGGCGAAAAGCAAAAUUUUUCUCUACAAUGAAUAUUGGAGGAAACAUUUUUCAUGCUCCUUAGAGCCCGAGAUAUUCUUAGAAAACCCACAGACAAUCUGAACAGAUUCAAGUCGGUUAACAACAUUACUGCUGAAAUAAAAAAAAAAUACUGGAAGUUUACGGGGAGAAGUAGCUGCCACUGGUCAACCACAGAUCUAAAUUGAGAUUCAAGGUGAUUUGGGAUGGGGGAUUUAAUGGAUAAACAGUUUUAUUAUUCUAUACGUCCUCGGUACGAUAGAAAAAUAUACGAAAUAAUUCACCGAUUGUGUAAUACCUCGAUAGCUUCAUCACUAUUCCCGUCCAAUUAUUAAUUUUCCAAGCCCAACCCAUAGUUUUUCAUUUUCUUUAGCAUCUCCUAUACAAAAAAAAUGAAAUAAAAAACCAUCGCAACUCAACGUAAUUCUAUGUGUCUUUUGGUGCGAAUCAAUGAUAGUUACAUAUAAUGCAAUAAUUCUAAUAUAAUAGCUGCUCUUGUGUUGUCACUUUCUCUCGAAAAUCUAACACUAACUCAUAUAAUAUAUUCUAUAUAUAUUCAAUGAUUCAAUAUAUUAAAUAGUCCUUUAUCAUUAAUCUAGUCUAGAAAUGGCGUGCCAAAGAAAACUUGUUAUCAAAAUUCAAUAUAAAUAUUAAAUGAUAAUCGACGUAAGCGUGUUCUCACAGAAAAAGCAACAUUCAGCGACACUCAGUUAACGAAUGAAUAUUUUAAUUUGCCGUUGCUUAUCUCAUUCUCUGAUAUUUCAAUAUGAAAAGUCUUGCUCAUUACUUUUAUCAUGAUAAUUUUGUGAAAAAUUAUUACGUCAAUGGUUGAGGAUCGGGCCGGCAAUACGUGUUUUUACCUCAAUUUUACUGCAAUAAUUUAAUGAUUAAUUCUUUUAAUUUGUGGUACACGUAAUCGCUGUCGUCCUCGCUCAGUUGAGAAUUUAUAUACGUUAUCAUAAAUUCAAUAUUAAUAGCAGUCAAUAAAAUCUUUAGUAUAUUAAAUUUUUUUUUAUAUUUGUCUCGAGCACAUCAAUAAUGCUGACAUUACUGAUCAUUUCGCCUCACCAAAUAUUUGAACAUAAUAAGAAAUAAUUUAAUUUCAGUCGAAGGAGCCCAGUCAACUCAUUUCUUUUAACUUUCAUAUUAAAUAGGAAAAAACGUAACGCACGUUACCCUGUUUAAGCUAAUUAAUCUAGGCCGAAUAAUGACGAAAAAACGGUUGAAAUAAUUAAUGUACAGUCACUCAGGCUGAAUGAUUUAACUCAAUCGGAUUGUUUCUUCUUCCGAUUGGGAUGAAUUAUUCACCUGGCUGAUGUUUAUAAUUUUAAGGCUUCGAAAAAAGCAUCUGGUGAUGCGAUAAUAUUCUCUAACACGAUUUUAGCUCUCACAAAUUAUUUUCUCAUUGUAAAUAGCCCGCUAAGAAAAAACAUCUAAUGCCUUUGGGUUUUAUAAUAAAUGUGGGAAAAUUCUUGGGAUUCAAUGAUGGAUGGAAUAAUCUUCUGAAUUGUUAAUGAAAAAUAAACAGUCAAUAAACUGUUGUUUUUCGUUAGACAAAAUACUUGUUGAGUCGUUGAUGAACGAUAUGUCGUGAGAAUUGGAGAUUUCAGUUGAAAAUCAUGAAAUUCACGAGUCUUUGUGAUUUUAAGAUUGUAAAAUUGUGAGAUUUUGAAGUUGAAUUCAGUCAAUUUUGCCACUCAGAUGAUAUAUAAAACCCAAAACCCAAAAAAUUCUAAUUGGCAGUAAGAAGUGGACAUUGCGCCCGGCGCAAGGUGUAUUAUUCUUUUUUAAUUAGCUGCAUUGUCGGCAGGCAUGAGUGUCCCUGUCAUGGACAUGAAUAUUGAUGAUUCAACACACUGGGUUUUUAGUCUCGUUAGACGUACGUGGCCAUUGAGCCGGUUUGAAGGGAUGGAGUUCCAUCGGGUCGGUUCUUCGGUCCGUAUUGCCCGAUAAAUGAUCCGUCUUCGGUGAAACGUCCUGUGAAAUUCAGAAAUAAAAAUUGCAAUUUCUCUUCACUUUUCCAUCCAGCGAUGAAUUGACAACAAAUUUGUCAAUAUGCAAUUAUUUUACUGAUGAGGCGUGGGGUUCACAUAUAUAUUUUUCUUAAUAUUUCAUGAGAUACAAAAUAAGAAAUUAAUCUUCGUUAUAUUUUUGAUCUCCCAAAGUAUUACGACAACCCCCUGAAAGUCUUAAUCAAUUACCUUAUCACAUACCUCAAACCAAUGUUGCGAAUGCCUGAGAAUUGGGCUCCGGUUUCUUCUGUCUCCCGUACUGACCAAUGAACGAUCCAUCUUCGUUCAUGCCCUCUGUUACAUUACAACGUAACGAAACGAAAAACAAAAAAAAACAUGAACAAAAAAUAAUAAUGGAUGAAUAAACGAUGAGAUGAUACCGACAAAAGUAUAAUCGAUAUAAUAAUCCAGAUGUCAUAGCGGAACGAGCAAUAACCGGGGAUGAGCAUGAAUAUAAAUCAAAUAUACAAGGGUGAGAUGUAAUCAGUGAGAUGUAUAGUGUAAGGGGCUUUCUGGCAACUAUUAAAAAAACUCUACCCCAAAAAGCGUGAGAUCAAGAUUAAAAGUCGGGGAGACUUACCAGUGUCACCCUCCCCGUACUCUGCCAUGGAGUCAGUGUCCGACUCCGGAUGUUUUCCAUCCUGAUGAGACGAUGACGCGAUCGAGGCACGACCCCCCGCCGAUUUAGUGUCCAGGGGCUGUGAAUAUUCAUGGAAUCCACCCUCGUCUGGAUAGUCACCCCUUCCAGCCGCAAGUUCGCGUUCGUGCACGGCAUAUUUGCCACCACGAUUGCGUUUUAUCACGCAUACAAUAAUCAGCACCAUUAGGAGGAAUGCUAUAGCCAGCAUCAUGCC